AUGCCCAGCGAACAAGAACUCUUCCAGGCCGAGGUCAAGCUCGUCGAGGCUUUCCAAAAGCAGCCUCGAUUUGCGCGUACCGUCCGCCCCUACUCUGCCGCCGAUGUCGUCCAGAAGCGAGGUACUCUGCCUCUUCAGUACCCCUCGGAUGCGAUGGCUAAGAAGCUAUGGACCAUCCUCGAGGCGAAGGCGAGGGGAGAGGGAGGUGGCUGCUCUGCGACCUACGGAUGUUUGGACCCGGUCCAACUCACCCAAAUGGCCAAGCACCUCGAGACUGUCUACGUUUCCGGCUGGCAAUCCUCCUCGACCGCUUCGUCCUCGCUCGAACCCGGACCAGAUCUUGCUGACUACCCCUCCAAUACCGUCCCCAACAAGGUCGCCCAGCUCUUUCAGGCUCAACUCUUCCACGACCGCAAGCAGCGAUGGACCCGGAGCAGCGCACUGCAAAAGGGCGGCGAAGCUGAGCUUGCCAAGAUCGGCAAGCCGGUAGACUACCUUAGGCCGAUUGUCGCGGACGCUGAUACCGGUCACGGAGGUCUGACUGCGGUGAUGAAGCUCACCAAGAUGAUGGUGGAGAGCGGUGCGGCGGGUAUUCAUAUCGAAGAUCAGGCGCCGGGGACCAAGAAGUGCGGACACAUGGCUGGAAAGGUGCUCGUACCCAUCUCGGAACACAUCAACCGUCUCAUCGCCAUGCGCCUCCAAUGCGACAUCAUGGGCACGACCAACCUCGUCAUCGCCCGUACCGACUCGGAAGCAGCUACCCUCAUCACCACCAACGUCGACCCUCGCGAUCAGGCCUUCAUCCUCGGCUCCACCGACCCCUCUCUCCCCCCUCUCGUCGAGGUCAUGAUCCAGGCCGAGAUGGAGGGCAAGUCUGGCCCCAAGCUUCAGCAGAUCGAGGACGAAUGGACCAAGCGCGCCAACCUUUCCCUCUACCCCGACGUCCUCGCUUCUGCGAUGGCCAAGCAGGGUCUCUCCAAAUCCAAGACCGAGGAGUUCCUCUCCAAGGUCCGCCAAACCCUCUCCCCUUACGGCUCCCACUCGGCCUCCCUCGCGCUCGCCAAGAGCCUCGGUCUCAAGGAGGCACCGUACUGGUCUUGGGACACCCCACGAACUAGGGAGGGCUUCUACCGAUACCAAGGCGGUACCAAGUGCGCCAUCAACCGGGCGGUCGCGUUUGCCGACUACGCCGACCUUAUCUGGAUGGAGACCAAGUCGCCCAUCUACGCGCAAGCAAAGGAGUUUGCGGACGGUGUGCAUGAGCACAAGAAGGGACAGUGGCUGUCGUACAACUUGAGUCCUUCCUUCAACUGGGACGCGGCGGGGCUAGGGGAGAAGGAGAUGAAGAGUUACAUUUCGGAUCUCGGCAAGCUCCUCUUCGUGUUUGCUUUUAUCACUCUCGGUGGUCUACACUCCAACGCCCUCAUAUCCGACUCGUUCGCCCAAAACUUCGCCAAGGACGGUAUGAAGGCGUACGUCGAGCUCAUCCAGCGGAAAGAGCGGGAUCUGGGCUGCGAUGUCCUCACGCAUCAAAAGUGGUCCGGUGCAGACUACGCCGACUCGCUCAUGAUGACCGUCACUGGCGGUAUCUCAUCAACGGCCGCUAUGGGCGCUGGUGUGACAGAGUCGCAGUUCGCGGCCAAGGGGAAGCUUUAG